ACGUCCAACGCGAUCUCAUUUGUGGCAACUGGCAAUUGGUGUGGCAGCGGUUCCCACUUCCGCAUCAGUUAUUCAGUUCCACCCAUCCACCGCUACUCUGAUCUUCCAACGACGUCCGCUAAUUUUUCUCCAGAAGCGAUAUUGUGGUAAUCCCGAAACAGAGGAAGAAAAGAGAAGGAAGCGCGAAGAGGGACAGAGCGAGGGACGAUAAGAAGAGACACGGCGAGCAUGACGAUCGUUGAAGCCGCCGCCGCCGCGUCGUGGCCUCCUGGGCUGGGCUUCGGCCGCACCGGCGAAGUAAGCCUCUGCUCGUGGCACGGGUUCCGGUCGGGGCUCCGGAGGCGACUCGUCUCCUUUAACGGGCAGCGGACUGCCGAGCGUCUCCUCCUCUCGCCGCCGUUCCCAUCUCCAUCAAUCUCCCCACGGCCGCAUCGGCUCCUAUUUUUGGCCCACGCUGCGGAAUCCACGCAAGCUUCCUCCGCCACCACCGUCUCCUCCUCCUCCUCCGGCAAGACCAUCGUUCCUGACAAUGAGUUCUCCCUAGCCAAGGUCUCAUUUGGUGUCAUUGGUGUAGCAGUUGGAGGCACACUUCUCUCAUAUGGUUUUGGAGCAUAUUUCAGCUUUCUCCCUGGAUCCGAGUGGUCUGCUUUAAUGCUAACAUACGGAUUUCCUCUUGGAAUUAUUGGCAUGGCUUUGAAGUAUGCAGAACUAAAACCAGUGCCAUGCAUAACCUACUCUGAUGCAGAAGUUUUAAGGGAAACAUGUGCAACUCCUAUUCUUAAACAGGUAAGGAAUGAUGUUACACGAUAUCGCUAUGGUGAUGAGCAACAUUUGGAUGAGGCCCUAAAACGAAUCUUCCAAUAUGGCCAGGGUGGUGGGAUCCCGCGGCGUAAUGCACCUACCUUACAAAUGAUUCGUGAAGAAGUAACUGAUGACGGAAAAUACUGUCUAGUCCUUGUAUUUGAAGCCAAAGCUUUGCAGUUGUCUGAUUUUGAACAGAGACAGGCAAAAUUCCAAUCAUUUUUUGGUCCAGGAAUCACUUCAGAAAUUGGAAAAGGAGAGAAUGAUCUUUAUGAAGUCCGUCUUAUUUCUGAGACAACUUCACAACCAAGCUCACAGAUGUAGAGUUCUCUAUAACAGCUUGUACAGAACCAUGCCACUAUUUUUGUUUUCAUUUUAUUCUUCAGUUUUUGCUUAUUCUGUGGACUCUCUGUUAAUUGUCAGUUUACUACUUUAUGGUGCCAAAUUUCAGCGAGGCUUUAGCAGAGUCUGCACAUUGAUUUCCUUUCCACUUAUUUUAUUUUAUUUUUCUUUUUUCUUGUUUGUCAUAGAAUCCUUUUAAAGCAGAGAUCUAUUAUGUACAUGAUCAUCAAACACCAACGGCAAGGAAUCUAAAUUUAUGCAUAUUUGAUGCCAAA